AGGGUUCUCGCUUGCCUCGGGGAGCGGUGCAAUCUCCUGCUGGUACGGUAGCGGUAGGACCCACUCCCCCAGCAGUACUAGUCCUCCUCCUCUGCUAGCUCUGCAGGCUCUCGACCGCUCACUGACACCAGAGCUCACCUCUCUGUUUUUUCUCUCUCUCGGGGAAACAGGAAACAGAGCUCACCUCUCUCACCACCGAAGACAGAGAGAGCAGAGCAGACAGCGGUGUCUGCCAUAUCUUUCGUGGAUUGGUUGGCUAAAUCACACCUCGUUCUUGCUCUUUUGUUUAGACAAUCACCGAUCGAGAGAGCAGCUGUGGAGAGCUUCCUUCGUAAGCCAUCCGCAACGCCGAACAAGAAGACGCCAAGCGCAGGAAUAAUGGCGUGCGAGUGUGACACCCAGGAGCCUCCUACAAGGCAGCAGCAGCAGGAGAAGAGCGGCCGCUGCCGCUCUCUCCAAAAAGAAGCCUCUUCAAAAAGAAGCCUCUUCUUCUUCCCCAUGGACGCGGCAAGGAACCCCCGUUCCUGCGGCCUGGCCGCCGUGCUCGAGGGGGCGGACAGCCGCGGCAGGGUGCUGCUGGGGAUGCGGCGCCUGAGGCUGCCGCCGCCCGAGAAGGGGUCGGCGAUCGAGUUCGGGGUGAAGAACAGGGAGUCGAGGCUCGCGCUGCUGUCACCUGUCCAGAGGUCCCCCGCGGCGUGGGCGGCGAGGACUAGCGAGGCAGAGGAGGAGUACACCUGCGUCAUCGCCCGGGGCGGCCCCAACCCCAGGAUGACCCACAUCUUUCACGGCCGCGCCGUCGUCCAGAGCUCCUGCCAUGGUUGCUGUUGUCAGCUCAGCUCCUGCUGCUGCGACAACAACAACAGAGUCGAGAAUGCAUUCGUCGUCAACCAAUGCAGCUACCCGGAGGUGUUCUUGGAUAAAGGGAUCAGGGAUACACCAGACGGUGAAAAACUCAAAGCCUGAACUUCUUCAGACCGAUUUUAGCAGACAUUUGCCUUUGGCUGAGAAAUCAUUGUUCCAGUGACUGGUUUCUGGUCCAACCGGUCUAAGCUAGCUUUUGCCCCUGUUUUGCUGUAGUCAAAACAAAUAACCUUGGGUAAUGUUCAGCUCAGCUGCUGAUCAUCGUGUGGGUUUUUGGUCCGGGAAUGAAUUGUGCUGAUUAUCAUGUGAUUUUAAAUGGAUUGUUCUCUGUUUAUAUGUUACUUUCUCGUUUUUGAGUGAGGGUUUA